AUGGGCACUGCGGUGUACGCGGAAUACGCGCUGGAGGAGAUCACGCUCAAGUCGUCGCGGAAGCAACGGGCUCCGACGACAGGGGGAGCGGAACAUACAAGUGCGCGGUGGACACGCAGUCGCUCUUUGCGUUCGGGAAAAGGACGGCCGAGUUCUGCACAAGGAGGUGGUUUCGAGUGGUGUGAGUGGUGGAUCGAAAGAGGUCGAUCGAGAAGGGGAACAACAACAAGCUCAAGCAAGGCUCAAGGACGGCUACAAGGUGUCAAGGGACGACGUGGUGGUGAACAUGAGGGAGCCGGGAAACCUAGCGAUCGCGGCAGCAACGGUUACGCUGGCCAGCGCGCAGGUGGUAAACCCUACAAGAAUCCACUGACGAGGCCCGGCGGGGGCCGAAACGCGUCUGGCACGCGUUCAAUCCAAGUCAUUCACAUCUACUCGAUUCUACAUUUCCUACAGACGCCACUUUGUUCAUUCCAAAAUAUUGGCUCGAAGACACAGUGCGCUGAUGUCGAGAAAGCGUUUGAUCUGGCUGUUUUGAACAGCAAGGAAGCGUCGGAGCAGACAGCACUUUUUAGAAAGUCGUAG